AUGAUCUCCACGGAGGUACAAGCUACGUCGGCCGACAACCAAGCUCCGACCGCAACGAAUCAGGACUUGGUCACCUUCGCUCCCCGCAACUAUGGCGACUGGCGCGAUGAGUUCCACAAGAAUGGAUGCGUUCUAAUCAAGAAUGUCAUCAGCCCGGAGAGAGCUCAAUAUUAUCGCGAGAAGCAGAUCCAGUGGCUUCAUAACUUUGACCUCGGAUUUGAUGAAAAUGAUGAAAGUACCUGGACUGAGGAGCAUCUUCCUGUUAGCUUCAAGGGCGGCAUGUACUUUGCCUAUGGAGCACCUCAUGAGAAGAUGGCUUGGGAGGCCCGCACGGAGCCUGCAGUCAUCGAAAUCUUCGAGAAGCUCUGGGAAACUAAAGAGCUCAUCAGUUCUUUUGAUGGCAUGAAUAUCUCAAUGCCGCGUCGCAAGGAUCUUCGUUGGAGCCCGUGGCCUCACUGUGACCAGAACCAGAACCGAAAAGGAAUGCAAGCUGUGCAAGGUCUCCUGAACUAUGCCCCCAAUGGUCCUAAGGAUGGUGGUCUUAUGUUGAUGAAGGGCUCCGCCAAGCUAUUUGACGAGUUCUUCGCCCACAAGCGAGAGUCCUUUGACCACGAGGAUGCGCCCCCUCCAGAGCUUGAAUACAUGGACCUCUUCCUGUUCAGCCAGAAAGACGUCAAAUGGUUCGAAGAGCAUGGCUGUGAGCUGAUCAAGGUUAACAUGGAGCCUGGUGACUUCGUACUCUGGGACUCUCGCACUAUGCAUUAUGCUUGUCUACCAGAGGGGGAUCAGAUCCGACAUGUGCAAUAUAUUUGCAUGACGCCUAAGCGAUUUGCGACGCCUGAAGCAUUGGAACUGAAAAAGGAAUGCUUUGAGAACUUCGUGGGCACAACUCACUGGCCCCAUUGCAAUAUCCGACCGGCCAAAGAAAAGCCCAUGCGUGGAGACAAAGUGUGUCCAAAAGAUCGCAGUGAGCCAUUUGAAAAGCCCGAAGUGACCGAUGCGGUAUUAAGACUUGCUGGCAUUAAGGCGUAUUAG